CGCUGCUCGGGAGGAGGGGGAGGAGGAGGAGGGAUCCCUCUCGCCAGUUAAACCAACUUCUCUCUGGGACCUAGAGCCCAUACUGCUGAAGCGUCGCAAGGGAUGAAGACGCAUGGAUUCUGCUCCUUAAAUCCCACUCCGAUGAAAGGAUAUUCAUAACUACUUUGUGUUUUUCACAUGAGAGGCUGUAAUUGGUGUUUGAAAUAAACCCACCAGCUGGCUCUCUCUGAUUUCCACAUGUCUUUUCCAACCAUUUGUACGAGAAUCGGGUCAUGAGCACAUCGCCCUUGGUGUCUGUCCUGAGAAAUAGCACGAAUCCAGCUUGGGAGAGCGGCUCAUCGGUGGGGAAGAAGGGAGCACCGGAGAUAAGCCGUCCGUCCUUUCAACAUAGCCUUUCUCCAGCGGAUCCUUCUCGCCAGGCCGGCCGUCUUCCCAUCAAGCUGCUGAAAAUGCUCACCGCUCGGGCAGGACACAUUUUACACCCGGAGUACCUCCAACCUCUGCCGUCCACUCCCGUUAGUCCGAUCGAGUUGGAUGCAAAAAAGAGUCCGCUUGCCCUUUUAGCCCAGACUUGUUCUCAAAUCGGCAAGCCAGACCCUCCGUCCUCCUCCAAGCUCUCCACGGUGGCAUCCAGCGCAUCGAGUGACAAGGAGGCCAAAUCCGGUCCGCUGAAAAUGAGCGACAUCGGAGCUGAGGACAAGUCCAGCUUCAAACCCUAUUCGAAAUCUUCAGAGAAGAAGGAGUCGUCGAGCAACAGCAUCGGUGGAGAUAAAAGUGGUUUCCGGGUGCCUAGCGCCACCUGCCAGCCAUUCACUCCCAGGACAGGCAGCCCCAGCUCCUGCACCUCUGUGUCUCCUCUACCGUCGGAGGGGAAAACCGGGGACAAGGAGGAGAAGAAGGAGUCUGAUUGCAAUAAGGGCACGACUGAUUGCAGCGGAAGCCAAAGGAUAAAUGGAAUUACCUCUGACGACAGCACAUCUGGAUCCAAAGCUGCUACAUCAGACUCCGUAUCUGUAACCUCCUCCUCCUCCUCCUCCUCCUCUGUUCUCGGACUGGUGGCCCCAGUCUCCCCCUAUAAACCUGGACACUCAGUUUUUCCUCUCCCGUCCGCGAGUAUUUCCUACCCUGGAAGUUUGGCUGGAGCAUAUGCGGGUUAUCAUCAGCCGUUCCUCCCUCCCGGAAUGACCUUGGACCCCAGCAAACCCAGCAGCCAGCUGCUGAGCGCGCAGUUUGCUGCGGCCUGCAGUAAAGCUGGAUCGAGCCCGCUGGCUGGAGCUUCCCCGCCGUCUUUAAUGUCCGCCAGUCUGUGCAGAGACCCUUACUGUCUGAGCUACCACUGCACCAGUCAUCUGUCCGGCGCGUCAGGCGCAAAUUGCGCACACGACUCUGCUCUUAAAUCCGGAUACCCGCUGAUGUACCCGACGCACCCUCUGCACGGCAUGCAUUCCUCUGCUCCGUCCUUCAGCGGGCAUCCUCUGUACCCAUAUGGCUUUAUGCUGCCCAACGAUCCAUUGCCCCAUGUGUGUAACUGGGUAUCUGCUAACGGACCAUGCGAUAAGCGCUUCUCCUCCUCAGAGGAGCUGCUAAGCCAUCUGCGGACUCACACUUCCUUCGCUGGGACGGAGAAGUUGAUAUCCGGGUACCCGGGCUCUACCACGCUCGCGAACGCAGCUGCAGCCGCUGCCAUGGCCUGUCACAUGCACAUCCCUUCAAAUGGCAGCCCGGGCAGUCCAAGCGCGCUGACCCUCAGGGGCCCACAUCACCCGCUCGGACUCAGCGGCCGCUAUCACCCCUAUUCAAAGAGCCCCCUCCCCGCACCCGGGGCCCCUGUCCCGGUGCCCGCAGCCACGGGCCCCUAUUACUCCCCAUAUGCCCUGUACGGACAAAGACUGACAACAGCCUCUGCCUUAGGAUAUCAGUGAAGAAUUACACAUUUAUACAAGAUUAAUUUAGACCCAAUUAGUUUUAUAUUGGGACUGAAUCCAUGUUGGGAUCAGUGUAUUUAUUUGCGAUAGCUUCAAGCGUGACUAAAAUAAAAAAAAACAAUAUUAUAAGAUACAUUUCAAGAGCCUCAAUGUCCUUUAUUUUACACAGGAGGGGUUUGAAUUUAGUGAAUGAAAUAAAUACAUUUGUGCUUGUUUUUUAUUCUGAAUUAAAAGUUCGUUUUAAGGUUUUUA